UUCUUACCUUGCACACCCUAAACAUCCCUUCAAAUUUAUUUCGGAGCCUCCUCCUUUAAGUACCAAAAUCACGGGGGAGCGUCGGCGCGUGUCCCUCCACCCCUACAUAUAUACAUAUCUCGACUCCCUUUUGUUUUCCUCUAAAAUGAUGUCUAUUACCAAGAACAAGAAUUAGACAUCACUUCUCUCUUCUCUCUCUAUCAAUCAAUCAAUCAAUUACAACAAUUCACAACCAACACACUUUUUGUAUACAAUCUGUGUGUUGUUUGUGGUUUGGUGUGAGAGGAAAUCAUGGCGGCAUGGGCUACCCUCACUCACUACCUUUCCUUGAGGACAAAGAAAACCAAUCUUUACUACAUGGCCUUAACCACCGUCCUCUGUUCCAUCUUCUACCUCAUCGGAAUCUGGCAGCACGGCGGUGGAGCCACCUCCACCACCUCCGCCACCCUCCUCGCAUGCAACACCAACAACCCAUCAAUAAAGACCACCGGCCACCCUAAUCCCACCACCCUCUCCUCCGCCAACACCACAACCCUCCACUUCAACCCCCACCACACCGCCGAACAACUCGUCCCACUCUCACCCUCGGCGCGUGCCCUUCAGUUCCCCCCAUGCGACCGCAAAUUCUCCGAGUACACCCCCUGCCAGGACACGGCGAGAUCAUUGAAGUUUGACCGGGACAUGCUCGUGUACAGAGAGAGGCAUUGCCCGGAGAAGAGCGAACUGUUGAAGUGCCGAGUUCCGGCGCCCCACGGCUAUAAGACGCCUUUCCGCUGGCCGGAGAGUAGGGAUGUGGUUUGGUACGCAAACGUGCCGCACAAGCAUCUGACGGUGGAGAAAGCGGGGCAGAACUGGGUCCGAUUCGAGGGGGACCGGUUCAGCUUCCCCGGCGGUGGGACCAUGUUUCCACGUGGCGCCGAUGCGUACAUUGAUGACAUCGGGAAGUUGAUUAACCUCGGAGAUGGCUCUAUCAGGACCGCCAUUGAUACAGGCUGCGGGGUUGCGAGUUGGGGAGCUUAUUUGCUCUCUCGGGACAUCCUACCGAUGUCGUUUGCACCAAAAGACACACACGAAGCGCAAGUUCAGUUCGCCCUCGAACGUGGAGUUCCUGCCCUGAUUGGGAUCAUGGCCUCCGAAAGGCUGCCUUACCCUUCAAGAGCUUUCGACAUCGCUCAUUGCUCCCGUUGCCUGAUCCCUUGGGGCCAGUACGAUGGACUUUACUUGAUUGAAGUCGACAGAGUUUUGCGGCCUGGUGGAUAUUGGAUCCUCUCCGGGCCACCUGUCAACUGGCAGAACCACUGGAAAGGCUGGAACAGAACCCGAGAGGACCUGGACUCGGAGCAAAAUGGGAUUGAGAGCGUUGCGAGAAGCCUUUGUUGGAAGAAAUUGGUGCAGAGAAAUGAUCUUGCUAUUUGGCAGAAAGCCACCAAUCACCUCCAUUGUAAAUUGAACAGAAAGGUCUUCAGGAAGCCUCCCUUCUGCCAGGGCCAAGAUCCAGAUAAAGCAUGGUAUACCAAGAUGGAAGCCUGUCUGACUCCCCUACCUGAGGUGUCCGACGUCAAAGAGGUCUCCGGUGGCGAACUAGCUAAGUGGCCGGAGAGAUUGACGGUUGUGCCGCCACGGAUCCUAGCCGGUAGUGUAAAAGGAGUCACGGAGGAGAGUUUUGUGAAAAACACAGAAAUUUGGAAGGAGAGAGUUGCACACUAUAAGUCCAUAGACUUUCAGUUAGCAGAGCCUGGCAGGUACCGCAACUUGCUUGAUAUGAACGCCGGAUUGGGAGGUUUUGCAGCUGCACUCGUCAAUGAUCCCGUUUGGAUUAUGAAUGUCGUCCCGGUUGAGGCUGAAGUGAAUACCCUCGGCGUUAUCUACGAACGUGGACUAAUAGGAACUUACCAGAGCUGGUGUGAGGCCAUGUCGACCUACCCACGGACAUACGACUUCAUUCAUGCCGACUCCAUAUUCACCCUCUACAAGGACAGAUGUGAAAUCGAGGAUAUUCUGCUAGAAAUGGACAGAAUUUUACGGCCCCAAGGCAGCGUGAUCAUACGGGACGAUGUCGACGUCUUGGUGAACGUGAAGAGCAUAGUAGACGGACUUGCAUGGGAAAGCAGAAUGACUGACCAUGAAGGCGGCCCUCAUGUGAGGGAAAAGCUCCUCAUUGCAACAAAGCAGUACUGGACAGCCCCUGCACCUGAUCAAGAUCAAGAUGUCUCCAAAACAGCUUCAUAGUAUACAUACAACCAAGUUU